GAGUGUGUGUAAUAAGAAAAGAGGAGAGAAAAAAAGAGAGCAUUGAUGAAGACCACUUUUUAUAUAUUGCACGCAUCCAUAUAACAGCUACAGCAUCAGAGAGAGAGAAGAGCAAGAAAAGAAAAGAAGAAGUGAUUUUAGAGAAAAGAAAAUUAAAGCUGGGGCGCCAAUUACAAGUUUUGAGCUUUGCAUGUGUUUCUUUCUUCCGUACAUUUAACACCUCUCUCUCUCUCUUCUUUUGUUGUCUUUCUGUUCUGAGAUCUCUCUCUCUUUCUGCUCUUUAGGGUUCUUUUUUUCUUCUUCUUGUAGGAUUGUUUUUCUUUUUUUUCUAGUUUUGGUUACUGUGUGCUGAGAGGAGGCGAUGCCCUUAUCCUUUGAAAGAUUUCAAGGGGAGGGGGUGUUUGGUUUAUCUUCUUCUUCGUCUUUCUAUCCAGAUUCUCAUAAGACCUGGUUCAAUCAAGACAAGUCCGGAUUCACAGAAGCUAAAGAAGAAGACGAUCUUGGUUAUGUUGUCGGUUGUCUUUUACCGGAGCCGACGUCUGUUCUCGACGCUUUAAGGAGUCCUAGUCCUCUCGCCUCUCAUUCUUCUACCACCACCACGCUGUCUUCCUCUCACGGCGGUGGUACCACCGUCACCGCCACCGCCGUUACCGCCUGUGAUGAUAAUAAAUGUAGUCAGAUGGGUUUGGAUGACCUUGAUGGUGUUCUCUCUGCUUCUUCCCCUGGUCAAGAACAGAGUAUUCUGAGACUUAUCAUGGACCCGGGUUCUGGAUUCGGUGUUUUCGACCCGGGUUUUGGAUUCGGGUCUGCUUCUGGGCCUGCGCCUCUUCCGGUUACUGAAAAUUCCAACCCUUUGUGUAGCUUCCCGUUUCAAGAGAUUACGAAUCCGGCGGAAGCUUUGGUCAAUCCUACAACAAGCCACUGUAUGUUCUCUAAUCCUCCGUUGUCUCCACCGGCGAAACGGUUUCAUUCCGGAUCUCAUCACCAACCCGUCUUUCCUUUCUCGGAUCCGGAUCCGGGUCGUCAGCAUCAGUUUCAGUUUCAGUUUCCGUUUCAGUUCCAUCACAGCCAGCAACAACAAAUCCCGUCUUCUUCUUCUUCGGCGGUGGCUAUGGUUCCGGUUCCGCCUCCGGGAAUGGCCGGCGAUGACCAAUCAGUCAUCAUCGAGCAGCUGUUCAACGCGGCGGAGCUUAUCGGAACCACCGGAAACACCAACGGCGACCACACCGUUCUCGCGCAAGGGAUAUUGGCGCGGCUCAAUCACCAUCUCAACAGUAACCACAAGUCUCCGUUUCAAAGAGCGGCUUCUCACAUCGCUGAAGCUCUCCUCUCUCUCAUCCACAACGACUCAUCACCACCACCGCUAAUCACGCCGGAGAAUCUCAUUCUCCGCAUCGCCGCUUACAGAUCCUUCUCCGAAACCUCGCCGUUUCUCCAAUUCGUCAACUUCACAGCGAAUCAAUCGAUUCUUGAGUCCUGUAACGAUUCAGGGUUUGAUCGGAUCCACAUUAUCGAUUUCGAUGUUGGAUACGGAGGACAGUGGUCGUCUCUAAUGCAAGAGCUCGCUUCUGGAGGAGGUGGAAGAAGAAGAAACAGAGCAUCAUCUCUGAAAUUAACAGUCUUUGCUCCUCCUCCUUCUACUGUCUCCGACGAGUUCGAGCUCCGAUUCACAGAGGAAAAUCUCAAAACUUUCGCCGGAGAAGUCAAGAUUCCGUUUGAAGUCGAGUUGCUAAGCAUCGAGCUUCUUCUAAACCCAGCGUAUUGGCCACUCUCCCUCCGUUCAUCGGAGAAAGAAGCAAUUGCAGUGAAUCUCCCAAUAAACUCCGUCGUCCCUGGUUACCUCCCGUUGAUCCUCCGUUUCCUCAAACAAAUCUCACCGAACGUCGUCGUUUGCUCCGACAGAGGAUGUGACCGUAACGACGCGCCGUUCCCAAACGCAGUGAUCCACGCGCUUCAGUACCACACCACUCUGCUUGAGUCUCUUGACGCUAAUCAGAACCAAGACGAUUCGAGUAUAGAGAGGUUUUGGGUGCAACCUUCGAUUGAGAAGCUGUUGAUGAAACGUCACCGCUGGAUUGAAAGAUCUCAUCCCUGGCGAAGCUUGAUUACACAAUGUGGGUUUUCUCCGGCGAGUUUGAGUCAGACGGCGGAGGCUCAGGCGGAGUGUUUGUUGCAGAGGAAUCCGGUGAGAGGGUUUCACGUUGAGAAAAGACAGUCCUCACUUGUCAUGUGUUGGCAAAGGAAAGAACUUGUUACUGUCUCUGCUUGGAAAUGUUAGAACAAGGAAGCCACAAAAUCUCUCUCAAAGCUAAUUUCUCUGUUCUUCUUCUUCUUUUAAUUUUCUCAGAUUUUUUAAAAAUGUUGUUAUGUUGUUCAAUGGUGUUCUUAGUUUCGACCUGUGGUGUUUUAACAUUUUAAGGAAGUAAGGAUAUAUAAUCAAAUUCUCCUUUUUGUUAGAUU